UCAAUUAGUAGAAGCUGCAAAAGAAUAUGUUAAUUAUUUGGAUAGAAAAAAAAUUUAUGAUUAUAUUGAUGAUACGCGUAAAAAAAUUCUUGAUAUAUAUUGGAUAGAAAAUCUCGGUCAUUCUUUUAAAAAUAAAAAAGAAGCAGUCCAAGGUUGGAUAACAUCAGAAGGACAUAAAAGACAAAUUAUUAGUAAAGAUUAUAUUUAUUUUGGUGCCGCCUUCAAAAAUGAUAUUUGG